GGGCGGGCGGCGGGGCCGGGACCGACCACGAUGCCCCGGCGGAAGCAGAGCCACCCGCAGCCGGUGAAGGCGGAAGCCGAGGACGGCCCCGAGGAGACGGCGGGAGCGGCGCUGGUGCUGCCCGGCGACUUGCUGCUAGGCCGCGGCCUGGCCUGCGAGAAGGGACCGCCAGAGGCACUGGUGGGGAAGAUCGCCAUCCCAGCGUACGCGCUGAGCGACGACGACUGCUCCUCAGGGUACCAGCAGCUGAGCGUGGACAGCGACCCCGAGGAAGGCGGCGAGCCCGGCCCUGCAGCGCUGCCCUGCCGCCAGUGUGGGCUGCAGCUGGCUGCCAGCCUGGGCCAGAGCUGCCUGCAGUGCGCCGGCACCGAGGGCGGCCGCAACCAACGCAUCGUGUACACCUGCCAGCUCUGUCCCUUCGCCUCCCACUACUCCAGCCACCUCAAGCGCCACAUGAAGACACACAACGGGGAGAAGCCGUUUGCGUGCCCGCAGUGUGCCUACGCCUCAGCCCAGCUGGUGAACCUGACCCGCCACCUGCGCACGCACACUGGGGAGAAGCCCUACCGCUGUACGGGCUGCAGCUUCGCCUGCAGCAGCCUGGGCAACCUCAAACGCCACGAACGGGUCCACAGCCAGGACAAGCCCUUCCAGUGUGCCGCUUGCGACUACCGCUGCAACCAGAGCCGCAAUCUGAAGCGGCACAUGCUCAGCCACCGCCUGCCUGAAGGCGAGGGGCAGCACCAGCAGGACAAGGACCCAGAGCCGCUGCUGCCGGAGCUGAACCUGCACAUGGGCAGCGGCACCGGCCCUUUCCUGCCUGGCUGCGCGCGGUUGCGGGGCGAGGAGACGGCAGCGCUGCCCGAGCUGCUCUUCCCCUUUACGUGCCGCAUGUGUGGGCUGGUGCUGGACGAUGGGUUCGCACAGGACGAGGGCCUGGCCGAGCAGGUCUGCGGGCGCUGCAGCCUGGCGGUGCUGGGCACCGAGCCGGGCGCCAGCCCUCGUAAAGGCACCGGGGACAAAGGCUUCGCUUGCAGCCUCUGCCCCUUUGUCACCCACUACCCCAACCACUUGGCACGGCACAUGAAGACGCACAGCGGGGAGAAGCCGUUCGCCUGCCCGCUCUGCCCCUACGCCUCCGCCCACCUCGACAACCUGAAGCGGCACCAGCGCGUGCACACGGGUGAGAAGCCCUACAAGUGCCAGCUCUGUGACUACGCCUGCGGCAACCUGGCCAACCUCAAGCGCCACGGGCGCAUCCACUCUGGUGACAAGCCCUUCCAGUGCAGCCUCUGCAGUUACAGCUGCAACCAGAGCAUGAACCUGAAGCGGCACAUGCUGCGACACACGGGCGAGAAGCCCUUCCAGUGCCGGGACUGCACCUACACCACUGGCCACUGGGACAACUACAAGCGCCACCAGAAAAUCCACGGCCACACAGCUGAGAAUUGGGUGAACCCACGCAACGCCAAAGCCCUCCUGGCUCCUCCUGCCGUGGACACGGCCCUGCCCUGAACAGCACUUAGCCUGGCUGCAGGGGCUUGGCCCCAUGCUGGGCCCCAGGGGGCCACAGGGCACCCCAAUUCUUCGCCAGCUGCGGCCCCUGCCCUCCCUGGGGGAGGGAUGGGCAACAAGCUCCCCUGGGCUCAGGGCUGCCUUAAGCAGGGCCCACCGCCCUGGGAGGGGUCUCCUGCAGCCCUACGCUGCCUGUGGUGGGGCCAUGCCCUUGGCACCACAGGGUGGCACCAGCCUGUUCCUCCUGCCUGUCAGAGCCUUCCUCCGCCAGCAUAUGGGGAAAGGGAGGAGGGGGAGAACAGGACUGGUUCUGUGGCUGCUGCCAUACCGGUCAGUGUAAUUUAUAUUGUGUAUAAAAGCAUUAAACAGUCAGUUUUGUUA